CAACAGUCCAACUUACCAAACUCCUCGGUCCGGCGGCGGCGAGACGCCAUCUUCUUCUUCCUCCCCAAGGAGCUCACCGCGCCACCUCGCGCGCGCGCAGAUCGCACCGAAGGCAAUGGCGCCCCCCGAUCCCGCCGCGCAAGAGCCCUCCACACCCGCCGCAGCUGGCCGAGACGAGGCGCCGCGAGAACCGGUCCCGGAAUCAGCCGCGCCCGGAGCGGCGGCGGCGGCGGCGGCGGCGGAGGCGGAGGCGGAGAAGGGGGAGGAGGAGGAAGGGGAGUGCGGGUUCUGCCUCUUCAUGAAGGCCGGGGGCUGCAAGGACGCCUUCGUGGCGUGGGAGGAGUGCGUCGAGGCGGCGCAGAAGGAGGGCGCCGACAUGGUCGAGCGCUGCCACGAGGCCACCGCCAACCUCAAGGCGUGCAUGGACGCUCACGCCGACUACUACGCGCCCGUGCUCCAGGCCGAGCAGGCCGUCAACGAGCGCGCCGCCGCCGCUGCGAAAGAGGAACCAGCGACCGAUGCGGAGAAGAAGGGAGAGGCCGCGCCGCAGCAGGCUGCUUCGCCAUCGACGGCCCCCGGCGAGGGGAAGAAGGGAGAAGCAGUUGCCGAGAAGGUUUGAGUAACUAACAAUUGGCGGAUUGGUUAUUAGGUUCAUACUUCCUGAGGUUAAUUUUGGUUCCCUUUGUGGGGGAAAUAAGGCUGUUCCAUGCUUAAUUGUUGGGACGACGCCUAAUUGCUGGGACGUUGCUUUCAAUUUACGGAAGAAAUUCUGAUACUGUGCUGUUACGUGACCUUGAUAAUGCUACCUGUGGAUUAUUGGCUCUCUAUUCGUGCAUUGAAAUUGCAAAAUCCUCUGUUGUUUGCAAAAAAUUGUUGCUGGGUAGUUCAUUAAACAGAUUCCACUAGUAACUGCAA